UUUCCUGUGACGUCAGAUUUCCGCGACCGUGUGUCAGCGUCAAACAUGGCUUCAAGAUUGGAGAUUAAUUUCAUCAGAUUGUUGUCUCGCUGUGAAUCUAUAGCGUCUGAGAAGCGAGGGGAGACAGAAUGGAGGCUAGAGAAGUACGUUGGUGCUCUAGAGGAGAUGCUGGUAGCCUUGAAGAAAAACCCCAGCAAACCCACACCAGAGAUCCUGACUGAAUACAUCAAGAAAGUGGAUUUUCUGAAGGGACUCCUGGAGGCUGAGAAGCUGUCCUCACCCACGGAAAAGGCCUUAGCUAACCAGUUCCUGGCGCCCGGUCGGACUCCCACUGUAGCCAACGAAAGGAAUUCUGCCACGAAGAUGGUCCACAUGCAGACCAAGGCCAGAUGCACAGGCGAGAUGAGGGACGAGCUGCUCGGCACGCAGGCCUCAGGCAGAGGACCAGCAGACAGAGAUUUGAGAAACAGAAGAGGACUUCCUCUCGAUGAACGCCAGUCUGCCGCGGAGCUGGACGCCGUCCUGCAGCACCACCACAACCUCCAGGAGAAGCUGGCAGAGGACAUGCUCAACCUGGCCAGAAACCUGAAGAACAACUCUCUGGCGGCGCAGAGCAUCAUCAAACAGGACAACCAGACUCUCAGCCAGUCCAUGCGUCAGGCAGACCUGAACUUUGAGAAACUGAAGACUGAAUCGGAGCGUUUGGAGCAGCACACCAAGAAGUCUGUGAACUGGCUGCUGUGGAUAAUGCUCAUCCUGGUGUCCUUCACCUUCAUCAGCAUGAUCCUCUUCAUCAGAAUCUUCCCCAGGCUCAGAUGAUGGCAGCCCAGAACGCUUUUGGUCCAACUGACCUCCACAGAUCUGCUGCCUCUAGGGCAAAAACGAGUCCCAAUGAAGGAGGGAAGUGCCGUCACUUAAAAACAGGUGAACUGGCUUUGAAGUCCACCUUCAGCUGAACUUGGAGGACAUGAUGUCAAGAAUUAGUGCUUAGAGCUCAGCAGCAGCAGGAGGAGCUGCACAGAUGCAAAUCCCUCUUCUAGAAAACCCGACUUCUUCCCGCUGUGUCUCAACGAGCCGCCGUUAUGAACUUUCCAUCAGUUACUUUAUCGGAUUAACCCAGUUAGGCCUCUGAACAUGAGUUAAUAUAGACGGCAUCAGGAGGUUCUGAGAGUCACAGAACCAGGCCUAUAGGUCUGUUGUAGGUCCACAGCUCCAUGUUUGUGUUCUUUUCAUAAAGACACGGUUAAUAAAGAUGUUCUGUCUGGAAACGACAAGUUCUU